GGAGCAAACUUUAAACAGACAUCCCCACUAAGCUCUCAGGCUCCCAGCUAAGGAAACUGUUUUCCCUUUUCACUUCUAAGUUUUUCAGAGGCACUAGGAUCCCACCAGCGAAGCAGGCAAACCCUUGAGUGACCCACAAGCCUAUUAAGCUCUGGAGGAUCACCCUGCUGACUGUAACCUGUAUCCAGGCAGGGAUCUCACUUGCUUCAUUACUUUCAUGCUGUUGGGUCACUGAGCUGAUCAGGAAAAACUGUGUGAGAAAGUUUGGUGCCAAGCCAAAAGAGUAAGGUAAAUAAUCAGCUCAGUCGUGGAGCAGAGACUUUGUUACUGCCUAAAAAAGGAACUGCCGGUGAGAAUUAAAAAAAAAAGAAAGAAAAAAAAAAUAGGCUGGUAUACGGAAGCACGUUUUUAUCACACCAUGUCCUAAGGCGACACUUUUGCUGACUAUCACACUGACUAACACACGCAGGGAGUAAAACUAUAGAAUCGGAAUUUUCAUUGUUCUGGAUUAAGCCGACACUUUUCCUAGAUAUCUGAGUUAGUUCUAAAUGGAUGACUUAAUUUUUUGCGGGAUUAUCUUUUUUGCAGGAAAGAGGAAAGGUUUUUCGAAAUAAUUUUUUUGUGACUUUUUUAUUUUCUUCAUUUUAAACUGACAGGUGCUCUUUUUACAACAACAUCUGUCUGGUUGGCUUCACAUGUCAAAACUUUUGCUUUUUUUUUUUAAUCACUUUUUUAUUUAUUUUUUUCCACUUUCCCAGUCGGAUUUUAAACAGUGUCUUCAGUGGAUAUAAUCAAAUUAUCAUAUUUUUAUUUCCAAACUGGAGAGAGAAAAGAAACAGAGGAUUAGAAAAGAGUUGUCUUUUCAUGGGAUUAUGAGGGAUCUACCACUUGAUUAUCUGCCACCAAUGUUGCCAAAACAAGCUCAGAGCUUUCUUGUGAAGGGUGCAGUUAUCAUGCUCUGUAGUUGUUGAGUCUGACUUUGAACUUGCAAAUUUGGACUACUGUUAGUGUUAUUGCUUAACCCCCCUCCCCAUUCAUCCAAAUGAUCCUCUUGGUGCUACUCAUCAGAAUCCUAACUUCUAGCCUGGACUUCCAGCUUAAUGGAGUACAAGCAGAAUCCAAUUUGAGCAGCAAGUUUAAUUUGGGAAGUGCCAAGGAACAAAAUGCUUUCCACCUGGCCAGUGAAAACAGAAACAGCUCAAGGAAAACAGUGGGAGUACAAGAUUCCCAGCAUGAGAAGAUUGUUUUGGCUUCUUUCAAUGGAAGUAUACACAGCCCCAAGUUCCCACAUGCUUAUCCACGGAGCACAGUGUUGGUAUGGAGAUUAAUAUCAAUGGAGGAAAAUGUACGCAUACAACUGACCUUUGAUGAGAAAUUUGGGCUUGAGGACCCAGAAGAUGAAAUAUGCAAGUAUGAUUUUGUGGAGAUAGAAGACCCCAGUGAUGGCACAAUACUCGGACGCUGGUGUGGUUCCAACACAGUGCCAAGCAAGCAAAUAUCAAAAGGAAAUCAGAUCAGGGUACGAUUUGUAUCUGAUGAAUAUUUCCCUUCUGAGCCAGGAUUUUGCAUCCAUUAUACUCUUCUCACCCCGCAACAAGCAGAACCUACUGCUCUUCCUCCUUCAGCACUGCCCUUAGAUUUACUAAGUGAAACUGUUGCUCGUUUGGGGACUGUGGAAGAAGUAAUAAAAUAUCUAGAACCAGACAGGUGGCAGUUGGACAUAGAAGAUCUGUUUAGACCCAGACCAUCAUGGCAGUUACUCGGAAAAUCAUAUAUCCAUGGUAGAAAAUCAAGAGUUGCAGAUUUGAGUCUUCUCAAUGAAGAAGUGAAAUUGUAUAGCUGCACACCAAGAAACUAUUCUGUGUCCUUGAGAGAAGAGCUAAAGAGAACUGAUGUCAUUUUCUGGCCAAGUUGUCUGCUGGUGAAGCGUUGUGGAGGAAAUUGUGCAUGCUGCACUCAUUAUUGUAAUGACUGCCAAUGCAUUGCCACAAAAUCCACCAAGAAGUAUCAUGAGGUUCUUCAGCUUAAACAAAGGAGUGGAAUGAGAGGAUUGCAAAAAUCUUUGACAGAUGUGCUAUUGGAACACCAUGAAGAGUGUGCAUGUUUGUGCUCAGGGAAUACAGAAGGAUAAUUUUAUGAUUGGAUGACUUGAUUUAAAAGAGCACAUACAAUUAUUUGCUUUUCCUUUUUGGGAAGGCAUUAUUUUACACUGUAAACAAGGAAGUCUGUUUUUGACUGCCAGCCAUGCAGAUGUACAGCAUCGUGAUAUCAGGAUCGGAAGAAACACUACAUUGUUAAACAUGGAUAUGUGUUUUCCCUUAAAGUUGUGUUGGUUUCAAGUCGCGAUACCACGUAUUUGAAAGAACUUUAGUCAGUUUGUAUUUCUGACUGACCCUUGAUGUUGUUGUAUACGGAUGAAGCCAUGUGUUAGUACAGAACACUCUUAAUUCAAUAUUGGAAUGGUGUACUGGAUGGAUUUUGUUGACUACUGCUACGUCCUUGACUAUAACAACAUGGCAGGAUUUCGAGUCUGCUCUUGGUGUCAUCUACGAUAUCCAAAUUAAAACUCUUGGUUAUAUAAAUGUAUCUAUGGUCUUAUUUGGUCUGAGUAGCCACGUAAUAUCACUCUUAUUAAGUAAAAGUGUAGUUUUCAUUUUGAAGAGUCGUGCAACGUUCUGUUUGCUUGUACAAUGUUUUCGGACCAAUAUGUUAACUAAUUACAACAUAUAUAUAUAUACAUACAGUGGCCUUAAUCCAACUAAUAGUCUGUUUACUAUGUUUUUUUUUCUUUUGAGUUACUUUUGUACAUUUUAUAUACCAUUUGACAUAAUAUCUAUUUGCAUUUCUUAUUGUGUUAAAUAUAUCUCUUUUUACAUAGUGUAUUUAAUGUACUGUCUUUUUUAAGAUUAGACAAACUGUUUGUGUAGUUCUUUAUUAUUAUAUCUUGUGUUGUAAAACCCAGUUGGCUAAUGAUGAAAAUGCAAGAGGUAGUUAUUUGUAUAUGGUGCUAAACAGUGAAGUAAUCUGGGUUUUGUUUUGUUGUGUUUUUAAAUCUGAAGAGUAAAACUAGCAGGAAGAAAAUAAAUAUAUUGGUACCAAGCUGCUACAUGCAAUACUCUUAAAUUUGUGCUAUUAAGUUAAUUUUGGGUGUCUGAAGAAGAAUGUAACAUCAUUUAAAAAAACAUAAAUAAAUCUGAUUUGAUCUAGUGCUCAAUGUUCCCCUAUUAUCUCUCAAUCAUAGAAUGAGCAGUUUCAGUGUAAUAUUAGUUAUUAACUCUAAUGUACCUACAAAAUUGUGUUUUUGCUUGUAUUAUGGGUCAUAUCAUGCAUUAAUUGAAGAAAACAUUUGUAAAUAUAUUAUUCACAUCUGAAGAAAAAUGUCCUAUGUGAUCGUUUAUUUACCUAUUCAAGUCAGCCAUGCCCAUAGCUUUUCAUCAUAUUAAUGUCCCUGCAGAUUUGGCAAAAAUUUCAUAGGAUCCCUUAUGAAUACAGAAAGAUUAAAACAAUAUGAUACAGAAUGAUACAUAGAAAAUAUCAGAUGUUAAAACCCCUUUUUCUAUCUUUUGCAGGGAAAUAAAAAAUAAUGAACUUGGACUCUAGGUCAAUUUUCAAUAUAUUUAUUUUCCCUAAAUACAGGUUAGCCUGGCAGGUAAGCCUAUUCAAUUGACUCAGCAAUGUAGUCAAAUAAUGUAAAUUAAUUUCACUUACUGAGAUUGAUGUUCAGUGAUCAUUUCAGAAAGGUAGUUAAAAAAGCACUUUGUAUAAUAGUGCUCACCACUAAUUGGUUGUCCAAUCAACCAAUUAGUGGUGAGCACUAUUAUACAAAGUGCUUUUUUUUAUUAUUUUUAUUUAUUUUUUCCUGGAAGGUUGCAAAUCACCCCAGAUCCAUUAUUCAACAUAUAUAAUCAGAAGCAGUAGUAUACCAGGAUACCUACUUGUAUCAACAAUCAUUCUUUAAUGUCAGAAUAGCAUAGAACAAGGCAAUGUUUCAGCCAAGUAUCUGGCCUUUAUUCAGUCUUUGACAAAGGACUUGAUUGAAACAUUUUCUUUUUCUAUAUUUUUGUGACAUUAAAUAAGGAUUGCUGAUACAAGAAGAUGUACUGGAUGACUACAUUUUCUCAAUGAGCAUUUAUAAACAAUACACACUGGAUGUCAUCAGCAAGGACUUCAUAAAAACAUAAUGGAAGAAUCAGCCAUGCUAGUUUAGAAAGUCCAUGCUAUAUCAUAGGAUAUAUAAUCUUGUGGAAUUAAGCUAGUGGUCCAAAUACUUUAAUAAGGGGCAGCCAAGGGAACAAUGACCAUAACAUUACACCUGCCUGAUCAUUUUUAAUAUGGUUAGGAUUGCACGAUCUAUAUAAUAAAGACAGGUGCUUCUAAAGGUUUUUCUAUCAUAUAAAAUACCCUUAUAUAUUGAGUAAAAAAAACUCCCACCAAGAAAUUACGUCACCUUUGUAAUACACUAAUUUUAAGAUGAUACAGUUGGAUAUACAAAAAUAGAAUACAUUUUGAAUAAUUGUAAAUACAUUAUGUUAUCAAUGACUUUAUUUUUCAUCUAUGGCAAUCUAUAGUGUGGUUGUAUUAAGGUUUAUUGAGUCCUUUUUUAGCUCCUCCAGAUUAUUACUUGGACGUUUUCUCUCAUUCUAGAAUAAUUUAGCCUGCACUCUAGAUGUUUUACAUCAGCAGCAAUUUGACAAGUAAUUGUUCAUGAACCUUUUUUUAUAUAUUUGGCCGUGUGUAUCGUAUUCUUUGAUAAAUGAAUCCUAAAUGUUUGUGGAUAUUUCCACGGAUUAAUAGAUAAUACAAACAAUGAAAAUGUAUACAUUGCCGUUACUACUUUUUUUUUAUUCAGCAAAUAAAAGCAUUUCUCCAUCCAA